AUGAGACUGCGGAAACUCUCGCCGUCGCCGCCGCCGCCGCCGCCUCCUCCAGCGUCGCUUCGUGUGUGGGUGUCGCCGUGAAGUGUCGUGGAGGGCGGGGGACGCUGCUCCUCCCGGGGACUUCUUGCUGUUCCUCCUCCUCUUCCUUUUCUUCUUCCUCCUCCUCCUUCUUCUUCGUCUUCUUCUCUUUCUCGUCCUCCUCCUCUUCUUCGUCGUCGUCCUCGCCGUCCUCCUCCUCCUCCUCCUCCUCCAGUCUGGCUCGCCCCCCUCGGUGCUGUGGGCGUCCAGUGUGUCCACGAGGGGCGCCGUCUUCUCACGCCUCGCUGUGUGUGUGUCUCUCUCUCCCUUCCGACGGCCGUUCUUCGAGGAACAUUCUGUUUUGAAACUUUCCCUUUCUUGUCUGUCUCUUUUGAAGGAGGGUUGAGUCACGAGUUUAUAGAAAAAGAGAAAUAUUUGGAAAAUAGCUAUUGAAGAGAUAGAUACAUAAAGAAAAUAGUAGAAAAGACCUUUGUGUGCUGUAUAUCUAUCUAUGAGCCUGUUCUAUCUAUCUGUCAGUUUGUCUAUCGGCACGUUCCAGACGAUACAGGGAUCGAACGUGGUCCAUUGGGUACAAGAAGGUGCUGAGACUUUCAUCCGAUGCGAGCUCCUGUGACAUGUCUGUCCUGAGUGAAGUGUGCUAAUGUGAAAGAGGAAGGAAGAAAGGUAAAAGAUAGAGUGAGGAAAAAAAGAGAGAAAAAAGAAAAGCGAAAAGAGAGAGAGAGGCAAAUAAAGGAGGAAGUGAAAAGAGAGGGGAAAAAGGGAAGAAACGAGAAGAGAGGAGAAGAAAAAGAGAGAAGAAAGCGAUAGGGGAGGAGAAAGAGAAGAGAAAACGAGACGAAAUUGAGGAGAAAAUUCGAAGGCGGCGAUCGGACCUCGAUUACAGGACGUGAGAGUAAGAAAAAGGAGAUUGAGGAAAGCGAGAGGAACUUCUUUUCGCCAAAGAGGACUCUUAAAUAUCUCUAAAAGGAAAAUCUGUACGUGAUAAUAAAUCCACAGAACAGUGCUUCAUACGUCGGCGUUACUGAGAGAUAUAGAGUACAUUAUAAUAUAUAGUCUUCCUUUGAAUUAUCUGUGAGUUGAUUAUCCGUCCCCCCUCCCUCCUCUAACCCCCAUUGGUCCAUUCCUGGUGUACUUGUGGUGAUGAGACUUUUGUUUUAAGUGUUCCAGAGGGACCUUCUAUUUAUAGAUAGAUAUAUAUUGAAUAUACGUAAUGCCCUCGCUACCCUUGAUGCUAUAGAAAGGUGCCCCGUGAAUCCGUCCCUUGAUAUCAUUGUCGUUUUGUUGUCCAGUCGUUUGGAGAAAUUUGAGCAAAGAGACGAACAGAAGAAAAAGAAAUAAAGAGAAAAGAAAAAAAUAUCGUUUCGGACGUCCUCGCAGCACAACGGAAGUAGAGAAGGAGAGAAGAAGAAAGGGAAAGAAAAAAUAAUAAAAGUGAAGCUCUUUGAUUCCACUUCGACAGCUACGUCGAUCAUCUUCCGCGUCCAUCUCCCUCCACUCUCGACUCCCAGGACCUUAAGCUCCACCUUCGCAUCCACCUACCUCCUGCCGAGGCCUGCUCCGCCUGUAGCGCCUCAUUUCACCUCCUACUCCUCCUCCACCUCCACCUCCUAUUCCUACUCCACCUCCACCUCCUACUCCACCUUCUAUUCCACCACCUCCCCCUUCAAGCACAGCCAAGAUGACCACGGUGGAGUCCUCCCUUUCGGUGAGCCUCGACCGCCUGGCGCAGGCUGCCGCUCGACCCGCAGAGAACGUGGAGGCGCUGAAGACCAUCGUGGCGAGGGUGCACUCGAGGCUCAAGGUGCAAGAUGUGCACACCCGGAUGGACACGCUCAGUUGCCUAGUGUCGUCGGAAAAGAUGGCGCUGGAUUAUCUCGUGAGGGUGAUCGAGCACUGUCGGGAUCCUCCUCUUGUGGGAUCCGUGUGCGCGCUGCUCCACGACGCCCUGUCGCCCAGCAAUAAAGGCGACCUCCGCAACACGGUGAUCCAGACAUGCCUGUCCCUAAACGCGGCGGAGGUGAUCCUGCGGACGCUGAAGGCCCUGGCGGCGGAGGGCCUCGCCGCCGUCGACCCCUGCAUCCACCCUGCCUACCAGGUGCUCGCCAAACUCGCGUCCAAAGACCCAAAAUUGGCAGUAAAGGCGAGACUGGUAGGGGGAGUGAAGCUGACGCACCAACUGCUCCAAGCUCACAUGAAGAAUUGCGUUCCUCUUCUGCCGUUGUUGAUGGUCACCAAGUACCUCGCGAAGAAUUCAACAAACCAAGUGAUGCUGGGGAAGGACGGGUGCGUGACGACCCUCGUGGCCAUCCUAAGCUCGGUGCCGAAGACCCACUGGGCGAAGGUCAAGUUCAUCAUGGAAACUCUGGCUCUCCUGACCAAAGCUAAGAGCAAUGUGAUUCGGUUGGUAAGAGAAACGGGACUGCAGCGUGUUCUCUCCAUCUUGGACGCGUGGGAGAAGAUUGAGCGGCGACACCAGGUCAAGGUCAUUAAGGGAAUACUUGGCACUUUGUCACACAUGUGUGAUUCCAAACAUGGUCGAAAAGCUGUGGUGGCACUUAAUGGUGUUGAAAUCACACAGCGUUUCAUACAGUCCUGUCCAGCAGACAAGAAGUUUGACAAUAACCUCGCAAAUGCCACCAACGUUUUCCUGAAGUGUAUCAGCAAAGGAGAACUACCAGUGUCUUCCAGCUGGGGGGCAUUCACCUUCCAAGUGCCAAAUAGGGAGGGAUCCGAAACAAGCUCAGACAGGUCCCGCGAAGCAACUCCAGGCGUAGAUAUGGAUUCUUCAGAUGAAGAGGCAGAAGAGGAAAUCGAGGAUGAAGAGGAGGACUUUGAACUUUCUCAGGACUUCAAAGGAAUAGAUUUAGCCUCUGAUUAUUGCCCACAGAAGCCGAGAAUGGAGGAACUGGUGAAAUUAGCACACCUGUUCCCUGAGCUUUUCAAUUUCCGCAUUGCCAGCGGUACAAGGUUUAAGGAAGUUGUAGUUCCAAUCAGAAGAGGUGCCCUUAAUGAUGUGAUCCCAGAGAGCCACAAUGAGCGUUACAUAAGAGCCUCUGACUGCACGCGGAGUAUUAUUAACUUCGUCAAAGUGGCUUAUCCUGACAUGGUUGGUGCUCGUGGCCCCAAUCACUUAGAGGAACUCUAUGAGAAGGACAGAAGAGUGUGCAGGAAUAAGGCCAUUGCAACUGUGGAGAGAGUGCUCCAUCCAGAGGUCUACAUGGAACGUGUUGUGUACGACUUAGACUACCUCCUGGAGUCAGAACAUUCGAGACGUCUCAUUACCCCGAGCAGUAAUAACAGCAGAUCUCUGGGUAAUUGGGAUGAGAAACGCGUUGGCAAACGUGACGUCUCGGUCCAGCACUUGAAUUUUGAAUCAAGAUUUGAGAGCGGCAAUUUACGCAGAGUAAUUCAGGCAUCAAAUACUGAAUAUGAUUUGAUUCUAAAUGCUGAUGUUAACUCCUCGCAUCACCACCAGUGGUUCUAUUUCGAAGUCAGCAAUAUGGAGGCACACACACCAUAUGUCUUCAAUAUUAUAAACAAUGAAAAGCCAAAUAGUGAAUUCAAUUAUGGAAUGAAGCCGGUCAUGUUUAGCGUGCGUGAAGCCAUAAAAGGCAGGGGUGCUUGGGUCCGCACAGGGACAGACAUCUGCUACCACAAAAACCACUACUCGCGGAUACCGAAAAGCCACGAUAAUGUGCGCUUCAAGAAGUCGGUCAACAAGUGCUAUUAUACAGCUACCUUCACCGUCACUUUUCCUCAUGCUUAUGACGUGUGCUAUUUAGCUUAUCAUUAUCCGUACACAUAUACACAGUUGCAGGCCUACUUAAAUAAACAAGAUUCCAUAGAAAGAGCAAGUGAUAUCUUCUACAGUAACCAGUCCUUAUGUCACACACUUAAUGGGAAUCCAGUCCCCCUCUUGACUAUUACUACCAAAGAAAAUGUUAAGGAAAAGGAAGUGGUAUUCCUGACAGCGCGCGUGCAUCCUGGAGAGAGCAAUGCCUCCUGGGUCAUGGAGGGCAUACUGGACUACCUGCUGACGGACACAGCUGCAUCGCGUCUCCUGUUGCAGAACUUCAUUUUCAAGAUUGUGCCCAUGCUCAACCCAGAGGGCGUCAUCCAUGGAAAUCAGAGAUGUGGGCUGACGGACGAGGACCUGAACCGGCGCUGGCGAUCUCCGAAUCCCAGUCUCCACCCCAGCAUCUACAACGCGAAGUCCCUGCUGGAGUACCUGACGAGCAUCUCGAAGCAGAAGGUGCGAGUGUUCUGCGACCUGCACGGCCACUCGAGGCAGAAGAACGUGUUCAUGUACGGGUGUUCGCGCUUGCAGUCCUGGUGGCUGGGCGAUAAGGAGUUUUUGGAUCACCCUGACUUCAUGCUGCUGCCGAGAUUAGCACAGAGCUGCAUGGCCACCUUCUCCCUGCGCGACUGCCACUUCCAGAUUGAGCGUGCGAGGGAGUCCACAGCCCGGGUUGCGGUGUGGAGACAGUUCGAGAUACCCAUGUCUUAUACCAUGGAGGCGUCGACGUGUGGCUGUGAUCAGGGGCCCUAUAAGAACUAUCACCUUAGUCCAAAGCAGCUGCAGGAGUCGGGAGAGGGUUUCUGUGUCUCCUUGUCCUACCUGAUCUCCACGCCUGAAGUCCUGAACUCUCGACUCAGGCUCAAUUCAGACAGUGAUGAUGAUCAUGAUGAUGAUGAUGAUCACGGUGGAGCUGGCAGUGAUAGUGAUAGUGGUGGUGAGUAGGUGUCAGGGCAAGCAUUGGUCUGAGUUCGCCAGGAGAAGUGGUCUCAUUCUCCGCUUUCUCCAGGUAAACACGCCAGGGAGGGGGACACUUGAGUUGUGGAAGGAGGUGUGCAUAGAGCUGUGUGAUCCAUACCUUUUUAUAGAACUGAUCGCAGAGAUUUGCGAGUAAAAUUGACAGAUUUGAAUUUUCUGGAGUAUCUUUUUUUUUUUAUUUAUU